UUGAUGUUGUAAGUUAUGUCCAGGAUCAAAACAUUUGUGACCAACUAUAUUCAUUGGGGUUUGUCUCGUGGAACCCGUACUACCACUACUACUACUACUAUUACUGCUGCAGUCAGCCGACGAUGAAUUUGCAAUUUGCCGAAAUUGCUGCUGAGCGCCUGCUGCCGACGUCACUCACGACGCAUUUUUGUAGCCAGACACGUGUGUUGUGACUGAGAACAUCGUUUUUUUUUUGUGUCAUUUAGAGGAAAAAUGCAUUUUUUGCGUUUGAGACACUUUUCAGAAGUUGCUAAAAGUUCCAAAUAUUUAUUUUAAAGUAGCUACAUUUGUAGCUAGGUGCUGUUUGAAUUUUUUUGUGUGCUAAAUCUAGAAACAAAAUUGCUACGUUGGCAUCACUGAUCUCAAUCCUGCCGGUUGAUGAGACGGUUGGAGCCUCUUUACCGCGGUUCAUGUAGCCACAUCCUGCACGACAAAUCACACACACUAUAGAUCACUUUCCAUAACAACUCAACAGAAAACGUGGACAGUUUGUUAACAUACAUUUAUAAAGGAUUUCAAAAAGAUCAGGAUGUCCAGACGAGGUUGUACCGAUCCGACCGGGCUCCGGAGGAAACGGGACAUGGAGGAGCACCAGAAGGAGAGAAGACGGGCUCUGCAGGCCCGACACCGGGCCAACCUGGCCACCCUGUUCGAGACACUCAACACCGUGGUCUGCCCCACAUCCAACAAGAUGCCUGCUAAGUGGAAGAUCUUGGACCACGCCAAAGGAUUUCUGAAAGAACAGGAAGCCCACCUGAGCAGACUGAUGCUCCUGAAAGGGAUAUUCCUCGGUAAUGAAGAUGGGCCGUGCAGCUUGGAGGAAGUGAGGGCAGAGUACCGGAGGCUGCAGUCACACAGCAGAAGACCUGGUGGCUUCAGACGUCAUGGCGGGGCUGACGGAGAGGACCUGACUGAGACCAGUGAGGAAGACUCUGCAGAGGAGACUCUGGAGGACUCCGCCCCCUCUCAGACCUCCAUCAACUCUCGAACCAACAUCCUGGAGUUUGAAGGGUACUUGUUGUUCUACAGACAGACACUGGAGAAGUUGGUUUGUAGCGGUGUGCUGAGCCCGGGACAGACUGGUCUGGCUGUAGUAUCUGAAGCUAUCUCAGGUCUGUGGGAUAGCUUCUCUCCAGAGCGCCGGGCAGCCUACCAGACCUGUCCCCCCCAGCAGAGCACCCUGGGCUGGGAAGGGCCGGCAGAGACACCCCCUAAUCCUGUUCCAGACACCCACUUCCACCUCACGCUCCAGCCCUCCACUCAGGCAAACAGCCAGGGAGCCUCUUCUCCUUCUAGCUAUGAAGAGGACCUGCUUCAGGAUGCCUAUGAUGUGGUGAAGAAAGAGAUGGACUCCACUUCAGACCACAGUCCUGUCCCGACCUCUCCUCAGUGUGGGGACUUUGACAAGCUCCGGGAGAUCUAUAAGGACAUCAUGUGUUUCGUCAAGACUCAGAUGGUGGAGAAACCAGAACAUAACCAGGACCUGUAUCUGUCUGCUAUGAGGGACCACGAGGAGAUCUUUCUCCAGUGCUCCGAGUCCUUCGACAGUGAGGACAUGUGAAUCACAGGAGGCUGCUGACGGGAGGACGGCUCAUAGAAAUGUCCGGAAACGAAGCAAAUGGAAUGACAUCAAACACCCGGAAACCAUGGAAACCAUGUGUGAUGUAUUUAAUGCCGUUCCACCGAUUCCGCUCCUGUCAUUACCCACAAGCCUGUUCACCAACUUCCUGUUUCUGGGACCAAUCAGAACAGUUAGAAUGUGUUUGAUAUAUUUAAUACCGGUCUCCCCAAUUAACCUGUUAACCAACUUCCUGUUUCUGGGACCAAUCAGAAUGUGUUUGAUAUAUUUAAUACGGUUCCACUGAUUCAGCUCCAGUCAUUACCCACAAGCCUGUUCUCCCCAAUUAACCUGUUAACCAACUUCCUGUUUCUGGGACCAAUCAGAAUGUGUUUGAUAUAUUUAAUACCGUUCCACUGAUUCAGCUCCAGUCAUUACCCACAAGCCUGUUCUCCCCAAUUAACCUGUUAACCAACUUCCUGUUUCUGGGACCAAUCAGAACAGUUAGAAUGUGUUAAUACCGUUCCACUGAUUCAGCUCCAGUCAUUACCCACAAGCCUGUUCUCCUCAAUUAACCUGUUCACCAACUUCCUGUCAUGUGAACACCUAUUCGUUGUACAAGUGUUUGUUCCUGGUGACAUGAAAGACACAUUGUGUUGCUUUCUUAUGGACUUGAUAAAUGAUCGCGUUUCGGGAUUUGUUUUUAUAAAUGUUCAGCUUUUCCACCCGUUUAUAGUUACAGACAUGUUUUAUAAUCUGACAUUCAUGUUUCUAUGUGACGUUUUAUAAUCUGACAUUCAUGUUUCUAUG